AUGUCUCAAAUUGCAAAGACACCAAGCCCUCAGGUCGUCGCAGUCGCCGAGACUGACAAAGGCCAAUCCGAUAUCCUCUCGACAGAUGUAGAGACAGCGGCCCCGACUAAGAAGUCGUGGUGGAACACAUCGGCGAGAACAGGAGAAAGAAAGCUUUUGUGGAAAUUGGACCUUUUCAUACUAUCAUGGGCAUGCUUUGGCUAUUUUCUACGGCUAUUAGACGCCUCGAAUAUACGCAAUGCUUAUGUGUCAGGAAUGAGAGAGGACUUGGAACUCUUGAGUGACCAGUACAAUUACUUUCAAACUCUUUGGACGAUAGGAUAUACAGUGGGUAUGAUUCCCAGCCAGGUGAUCCUCACAUAUGUCCGUCCUUCCUUGUGGCUACCUUCUGUUGAAAUCAGCUGGGCCAUCAUCACAUUCUGCUUUGCUGCUGUCAAGAAUUACAAACACGUCUAUGUCCUGCGCUUGCUGCUGGGACUUGCCGAGUCGCCCUUCUAUGUCGGAGGAAUGACGUUGCUUGGUAGCUGGUAUACACCUAAAGAGCUCGCGACUCGAGCUACCAUCUUCUAUUCCGCCUCCUUCGCUGCGCAAAUGUUCUCAGGGUACCUCCAAGCAGCAGUAUACACCGGCCUCGAUGGAGUGCACGGACUACCUGGAUGGCGAUGGUUAUUUAUAAUUUGCGGCUGUAUCAAUAUUCCUGGUGCAGUCUGGGGCUUCUUCGCGGUGCCUGACAGCCCUUACAAUACCAGAGUCUUCUAUCUCAAUGAGGAAGAACGAGCCCUUGCCAAGUCCAGAGUUGAGGAGGUCGGCCGAAAGCCCUUUGAAGGUGUAACCUUGAAAACAUUCUUUUGCACCGCCACAUACGGAUCGGACUUUUUCGCUAUCUACCUCAAGACUCUUAAUGAGUAUACUGUCCAGCAAGUCAACAUUAUUCCAACCGCAGCAUAUGCAGUUGGCCUUGUAGGAGCGAUCCUGUUUGGUUUCAUCUCUGACAGGCUACGCGACCGCGUCUCUGUCGCAUUCGCUAUUGUGCUCUUGAACUUCACAACUUGCGUGGUGCUUGCCACCACUCCAUCCAAGGCUGGAGUUUUCUUCGGUUACCUAGUAAACCCCGCCACAAACUCUUACGGGCCACUCAUCAUUUCUCUCCUCGGGGAAACGUUUACCUCUCUGGCGGACGAACGCGCUUUGAUCCUGGGAAUGGCUCAAACCAUGGGCGCUACUUUUAAUGCUUGGCUUCCUCUGCUGAUCUUCAACACCGGAACUCAAGUGCCAUAUUUCCGCGUUGGUUGGAUCACCUCGUCGGCUUGCGCAGCAGCUCAGGCAGGUGGGGUUCUGCUUCUCGGGUAUCUUGGGAAGAAGAUUGUGCGAGAUACGGCAGAUCAGAAGCUUUGA